GCUGGCACUAAUCUACACAUGCGUACUGAAACAACAUUUUUACUUCCUUUUCCGGUCUAGCCUUCCAGCAGGCAAAAUGAAGAUUGUCAGUUCUUCACAAAGUGUGACAAUUCCCAAGGGAGUGUCCAUCGGUGUAAAAUCACGUCGAGUAACUGUAAAGGGCCCAAGAGGAACCCUAGUAAAACACUUCCGUCAUGCUGGUGUUAAUAUAUACAUGAAGGAUCAUCGUCACAUGACGGUAGAGAAAUUUUUUGGAACAACUAAAGAAUUGGCUACUGUACGAACUAUCUGCUCCCAUGUAUCAAACAUGAUCAAAGGUGUGACCCAUGGAUUUUUAUACAAGAUGCGAGCUGUGUAUGCUCAUUUCCCCAUCAAUGUUGUUAUUUUGGAUGAGGGACAUCGGGUAGAAGUACGCAACUUUUUGGGAGAGAAAUACACAAGAGCUAUUAACAUGAUGGAUGGAGUUACAAUUAGCUCAUCUACAGCACAGAAAGAUGAAUAUAUUCUUCAAGGCAAUGAUAUCGAGAUGGUCUCACGAUCAGCUGCUCUCAUCCAACAGUCCACAUCAGUUAAAGAAAAAGAUAUCCGUAAAUUUUUGGACGGUAUUUAUGUUUCUGAAAAGACAACUGUUGUACCUAUUGCAGCUGCAAAUUAAAAAAAGAAAAAUAGACAAUA